AUGGGUAUUCCAGUAAUCUCACGUCUACCUAUCAAGACCUUUAAGUUGGCGAUAUUGGUUAUCCUUGUGGUUAACACGCUAUACUUCGCCGUUUAUUAUUCAGGAGAUGUUCCAUUACUAUCAAUAAAUAAAGAAGAAAAGACCACCACAGCCAAGGGUUCAAGUGGAAACUUAGAACAGAAGCUUGCUAAACUCUUCAAGGAUGUGGAGGAAAACAAAGACAGGUACUGGCUCGCCCAUACAGAGUUGACCAAUACCGACAUUCAUCUCCAAAUUAAGCAUUUCUUGAGAAACGAUUUGACCAGUUCGUGGGUCAACAGAAGAGACCUUUUCUACGACCCCAGAUUUACUUUGUCCGUCUUGUCAAGUGAACUUAAGCACCAAUACUUGAGAACCAGAACUGUUAAGGCAGGCAGUAUCCAAGUGGACCUGAACAAAGUGGAACGCCCCAAGCUUCCAUUCAACUGGGCUGAUUGGAUGGAUUUGACGAUUUUAAAUGAAGACUUGCGCAAGCCAAUGGAUGAGAGAUUAACAUGUAACGACAUCAAAAAGGUUACCAACAAUAACCCCGACCCUGCUUACUUUUGUAUGAACAAUCAAGAGUAUAAAAAGGUUCACUACCAGAAGCUUGGCUACAGCUCCUCAGAACAACUCCCAGGAUUUAUCAUCCAUAGUCACUCUAGUCACGAAGACCGUCCUUUGAACGAUUACAGAAUCUACGAGGCCAAGUCUUACGCAAUGACCCACUUACCAAAUCCUAACAGGGUGAUUAUUUUGAAUGGUGACAAGGAUGGUGGUACUUUCGAGUUUGAUGUCGAUGAGGAAAACACCAAUAGAUUGAUCCAAACCGACUUGGUGGAAAAAUACCUCAAGAACCACGAGCUUGACCCAGAAUCAAUUGAUCCAGGAACCAUCAUCCAAAUCAGUCAUAUCACCGAAUUUGAAUCAUUGAAGAAGGCGGUUAUUCCUAGAUUCUUGGAGGAUGAGAAAGAUGUGCAUGGAAUGUACAGAACAUUAAGACAACAAAAAAACCCUCGGGCUUCAAGAGAUUUGGUUCUUAGUGAAGAUUUAUUCUCUCCUCCAGUCAUCGCUGACGAGAUCCAAUUUUACGAAAAGAAAGGAGUCGAUAGUCUUUCAAGGCAGGAGAAAUUAUAUUAUGAUGGUUUGAAGGAGUGUUCCUUGCAUGACGACUCCAACGAGCCAACUUUCUUCAAGAUGGCUACAAUCAGAGUCGAUGACGAUAGAAAUAGGGACCGUGAAUGGGGAUGGCACUAUGAUUGGAGAUUUUUCAAUGGUGCCCUCAAUUAUGACCGUGAUGGCUGGAGUGAGCAAGAAUUAGUCCAUCGUACCAAUAUCAUUUUGGACAGACUUUUGCGUAACUGGAACAGAUUUGCCGAGGAAAAGGGAAUUGUUUCCUGGAUUAUGCAUGGUCCACUUUUGUCGUGGUACUGGGAUGGUCUUAUGUUUCCAUUUGACUUGGAUAUUGAUAUUCAAAUGCCAAUGGUUGAAUUAUCAAGAUUAGCCUUGGAGUACAACCAAACCUUGGUCGUUGAAGAUCCAACGGAAGGUUACGGUAAGUUCUUGAUUGAAGUAGGAACUUACAUUCAUAACCGUGGUAUUUCGGCCCAAUCUAAUCAUAUCGACGCCAGAUUUAUUGAUGUGGAUUCAGGAAUUUACAUUGAUAUCACCGGGUUGAGUCGUUCUGAAGCCAACCCACCAGAAGAAUAUCGUGAUAACUCUUUGGCAGACAUCGAAAAGCCACCCAAGGAUGCCCUGGCUCAAGUCUACAACGAUCGUCGUAAGCAUUUUUACAAAUUAGAUCAAUUAUCUCCAUUGAGAUACAGCAUGAUGUGCGGUGUUCCAGUUUUCGUACCAUCCACUAUCACAAACCGUCUUAUUUUCGAAUAUUCAAACGGUCUUUCUGCAUACGAGUACAAUAACUGGUACUUUGUCAACAAGUUGAACUUGUGGAUUCACAAGCCAAAUUUUGAAGAUGUGUUUGACCUGGAUGCAAUCAAAAACGGUAACGGGCAAGUGGACAAGGACAAGUUAUUGGGAGCCAUUCAAGGUAUAACUGACGACCAGAUCUUGAAACUCUUGGAGAACGACGACAUUUUGACUGAGUACUAUCUUACUAAAGAGCUCACAGACUUCCAUGAAGCUGAAAGAAACUACCUCUUUGAUUCCAUGGGCAAAGACAACAUGGAGCUUGAUACCGACAACAAGAUCAGAGAAGAAUACAACAAACUCACUUCGAGACUAAAGAUGUCCAAGCCUCUUAGAAAGGCAUUAUACCAGUUCGAGGCCAUAGAACGGCCUAAGCACCAUCAUGAAAAACAAUAG